AUGAGGGAGCACAAUAAAGCUUUGCUCCAACUACCGUAUGGCAAGCAUUCUCUCUCUUAUCUUCUUCAUGAAGAUAAGCUUCGAGCCCGCGGCCUCCUAGAGCAAGAUCAGUCGAUGGACAACAUCGCUUACCGCAAAUAUACCAUGUGGGAGCACGCCUUUGCUUCCUUUUCUCAGUUAAACUAUAAGCUGAACAAUGAAGUCCAUUCGAGCAUGUCUUAUACUCAGGAAUCAAAAAAUCUCCAAAUCAAACUCGCUGACGAGCUCAAGGCUACAAAGUCAAAGUUGGAGGCUGAGAUUAAGGAGAAGGACUCAAAAAUCAAGGAGCUUGAAGAGAAAAAUGCCAAGCUUGAGGAGGAUAAGAAGGCUACCUUUGACAUAAUCGAGGGUGAAAAGGCUCGCCUCCUUGAGGAAUUCAAGCAAAAGAAGGAUCACGCAAUCAACAUGGCCAUGUAUAGAAUCUGGGCCAACAAUGCCAACCUUGAUACAAGCUUCUUGGAUACUCUCGAGGAUGAAUUCCUGUCGAGGUGGCAAGCUCGUUUGGAGGCAGAGGAUGCCGAGGAGGAGGCUGAGAAGGCAAAGGAGAAGUCGGAUGCCGUCGGGGGGGAUGCUCCUGCUUCUUAG